GCAAACAAGACGAUCAAUCCCCAAUUUUCGUCCCCCGCGAAAUCAAAGAACUCUCUUCUUCUUCUUCUUCGACAGUUGGUACAGGGUAGAUAAUCUCUCCUCCCUUGCUCGAAGUUUUGGAGGAUUUUGAAUGUUCGUCGAUUCUACUAUCGGAGGUCGGAAGGAAAGCUUCUGAAUCUUCUAGGCGCUAGGUGGAAGCAGACGGUUCCAUUAGCAGAAAGAAAUGGCUAUCCUGUAUGCGGUGGUGGCGCGAGGUACGGUGAUAUUGGCGGAGUUCAGUGCUGUUGCCGGAAAUACUGGCGCUGUCGCGCGGCGGAUUCUCGAGAAGCUGCCGGAUGAAGCAGAUUCUAGGCUCUGUUUCUCUCAGGAACGUUACAUCUUUCACAUUCUGAGAUCCGAUGGCCUCACCUUCCUGUGUAUGGCGAACGAUACGUUCGGCAGGAGAAUUCCUUUCUCUUAUUUGGAGGAUAUCCAUAUGAGGUUCAUGAAAAAUUAUGGUCGAGUGGCCCAUUAUGCUCCUGCAUAUGCAAUGAAUGAUGAAUUUUCAAGAGUCUUACAUCAACAAAUGGAAUUUUUUUCCAGCAAUCCUAGUGCUGAUACCCUUAACCGUGUUAGAGGUGAAGUAAAUGAGAUACGGACAAUUAUGGUGGAUAAUAUUGAAAAAAUAUUGGAGAGAGGUGAUCGUAUUGAACUUCUUGUUGAUAAAACUGCAACAAUGCAAGAUGGUGCAUUUCAUUUCAAGAAACAGUCUAAGCGACUUCAUCGAGCACUUUGGAUGAAAAAUGCCAAACUUUUAGCUCUGAUGACAUGUUUGAUCGUAGUACUGCUGUAUGCAAUAGUUGCUGCUUUCUGUGGGGGCAUUACUCUAUCUUCUUGCAGAUCUUAAAUUCCUCAACGGGUAUGCUAUGAUGAUGGAUUUUAAGCUCAUCUGCGGGACUUUCAAAUCGAAGGAUGGAUUCAGCGGCUUUGCACCACAGAAUCUUAACAUACAAUACCAUGUUCAUAAAGCUGCAAACUUUCUAGAUUUGUCCCUGUAAAUUCUUCUCCUGUGGUUGCAGUAUGUGUGCAAUUGCUCUUGGAAAGCUCGUCGCGUUGUACUUUUGCAACUGACUAUUUGUUUAUCUUUAUUAUUUUCGUUUUGUAAAUUGCUUGAUAUUUGUUGCCAUGUCUUAUUUGAAUUGAAGAUUUUGCUAUUUCAAAGGUCAUUUUCCCCUUUUCUUGC